CAAGUUUUAUAGAAAAUACACUGUAUUCUCCACUUUAUUUUUUAUAUUUUUUAUAGUGUCAUUGGAUUUGUGACAACAACAUUAUGGUCACGGCUGUUUCAGAAAUCAAUGCCACUUUUUACCUUCAACUUUGCCCCGGAAAUGGUUUGGGAUUUAUUGCUAGCCUUUUUGGGAGUUUUUAUGUUCCUAGUUGUUAGCGUAUGCAACAUUAGAAUGUCAAUGGCCGAUAAAAUACUCUAAUUCACUGAUCAAUGAAGCCGUUUGUCAGCGAUGGCUGUCGUGUCGUGGAUGGAGAUCUUGCUUUUGACUGGACUGGUGGUGGGGUGUUACUGGAACAGCCUGUCCUGCGGCUUUGUGUUCGAUGAUGUCUCAGCCAUCCUGGACAACAAGGACCUGCGGCCUGCCACCCCUCUCCGCAACCUCUUCCUCAAUGACUUCUGGGGCACGCCCAUGGCUGAGGAGCGGAGCCACAAAUCCUACCGGCCCCUGACAGUGCUCACCUUCCGUCUGAACUAUCUCUUCAGUGAGCUGAGUUCUGCAUCCUACCACCUGCUCAACGUGGGGCUGCAUUCUGUGGUGUGUGUGCUUUUUCUGAGGUUCUGCCGUCUGUUCUUGGAUAAGACCUCCAGCCUGGUUGCAGCCCUGCUGUUCGCUGUGCACCCCAUCCACACAGAGGCCGUGACGGGUGUCGUAGGAAGAGCGGAGCUCCUGUCCUCCAUCUUCCUCCUGGCUGCGUUCCUGGCCUACACCAAAUCUAAUGGAGCCGACCAAUCCAUCGUGUGGACUCCCAUUGCUGUGACUGUGGUUCUGGUGGCUGCAGCCACUUUAUGCAAGGAGCAAGGCAUCACAGUCAUCGCCAUCUGCUGUGUCCACGAGGUGUUUGUUGCACAAGGGUUCACACUGCCCAUGCUGUUGGAUACUCUCCUCCAGGUGCUGAGGGGUAAAGAUGGUUUCCCCUAUGCUGUCCUGCAGACGCUCCUCAAGCUCAUCGUCCUCAUCAUCAGCACCUUGCUGCUGGUCAUCAUCAGGGUCCAGGUCAUCCAAUCACAGCUCCCUGUGUUUACCAGGUUUGACAACCCCGCGGCUGUCAGCCCGACUCCGGCCCGGCAGCUGACCUUCAACUACCUGCUGCCAUUGAAUGCCUGGCUCCUUCUGAACCCCUCGGAGCUCUGCUGUGAUUGGACCAUGGGGACCAUUCCUCUGGUGGAAAGCCCUCUAGACCUGAGGAACCUGGCCACCCUGGCCUUCUACAGCCUGCUGGGCCUGCUGGCCUUCCAUAGCCUCCGCCACUCACACUCCUCCGCCAAGACCGUCCUCAUGGCCCUGUCGUUGAUCGUUCUCCCCUUCAUCCCAGCCUCCAACCUCUUCUUCCCUGUGGGCUUUGUGGUGGCAGAGAGGGUGCUCUAUGUGCCCAGUAUGGGAUUCUGUGUCCUCGUGGCACAUGGCUUCAGGAUUGUCUCCCAUAAGAGACACUUGAGGAAGAUCUCCUGGCUGAUGAUUGGAGUGCUCCUCGCCACACACGCAGUUAAGACCUUCAACAGAAACUGGGACUGGGAAUCUGAAUAUACACUGUUUACCUCAGCCCUAAAAGUCAACAAGAACAACGCCAAGCUAUGGAAUAAUGUUGGUCAUGCUCUGGAAAAUCAAAACAAUUACGAAAAAGCUCUGAGAUAUUUCCUUCAGGCCACCCGGGUCCAACCAGAUGACAUUGGAGCCCAUAUGAAUGUGGGAAGGACCUACAAGAACCUGAAUAAGUCCAAGGAGGCUGAGGACGCCUACCUGGUUGCCAAAUCCCUCAUGCCACAGAUCAUUCCAGGGAAGAAGUACGCCACCCGUGUGGCACCCAACCACCUGAACGUGUACAUUAACCUGGCCAACCUGAUCCGUACCAACGACUCACGGCUGGAGGAGGCUGACCAGCUCUACAGACAGGCCAUCAGCAUGAGGCCCGACUUCAAACAAGCCUAUAUCAGCAGAGGGGAGCUGCUGCUGAAGAUGAACAAGCCGUUGGAGGCCAGGGACGCCUACCUGCGGGCCCUGGAGCUGGACAGCACCAACGCUGACCUCUGGUACAACCUGGCUAUCGUCAACAUCGAGAUGAAGGAGCCCUCAGAGGCCCUGAAGAACUUUAACCAUGCCCUGGAGCUCAACCCACACCACAAACUGGCACUCUUCAACUCUGCCCUGCUCAUGCAGGAAUCUGGUGAGCCCAGGUUCCGUCCGGAGGCCAAUCGUCGUUUCCUAACCUACGUCCAGGAGGAGCCAGAUGACGCCAACGGCUACUUCAACCUGGGCAUGCUGGCCAUGGACGCCAACGAGAACACUGCGGCCGAGCGCUGGAUGAAGGAGGCCAUCCGUCUACAGACAGGCUUCCGUAGCGCCCUCUUCAACCUGGCCCUGCUCUACUCGCAGUCCCGACGGGAGCUGGAUGCCCUGCCUGUAUUAGAUGAGCUGCUGCGCCACCAUCCAGAGCAUGUUAAAGGUUUGAUUCUCAAGGGGGAUAUCCUGAUGAACCACAAGAAGGACACCCAAGGGGCCAAGGUCUGCUUCCAGAGGAUCCUCCGUAUGGACCCCACCAACGUGCAGGGGAAACACAACCUGUGUGUGGUCUACUUUGAGGAGCGAGACCUGCCGAGAGCGGAGCUCUGCCUGGAGGAAACGCUGGCCCUGGCGCCCCAUGAGGAGUAUGUGCGUCGCCACCUGGGCAUCGUGCGCAGUAAGAUGGCCGCCAUGUCCGUGGCAGGGCAGCCGCUGAGCCCAGCGUCAGCAGAGGGCGCAGCUACGCCAUCCAUGAAGGAGGAAAAGAAGGGGGGAGGAGGAAAGGAAGAGGAGGAAGGGAGGGGAGCCACUGGCAGCGCUGGGGCCGGGAGUAAGAAGAAUGUGCGGAAAUCCUCCUCGGCAGAAAGCCUCAGCGGUGGCGGCAACAGCCAAUCAGAGCUUCUGGACGACGGCCAGGCUGAUAAGCAGCAGCGGACUAAGAGCAAAUCCACAAAAGAGAUUAAAGACAUAGAAAAGAAACGGGCGGCCGCCUUGAAGAGACUGGAGGAGAUUGAGCGCAUAUUAAGCGGCGAUUAACCUUGUUGUUAUUUACCGCAGUGCAGGACUACUUUUUUAUAGAGCUAGUUACAGCUCCUGAAUCACAGAUGUGAUGCGUCCCAAAUGGCACCCUAUUCCCUAUAUCAGCAGGCAAGGCCCCUUGCACCACUUUUGACCAGGGCCCAUAGGGUAGUAGCCCAUAGUAGUGCACUAUAUAAUAAUUAGGGUGGCAUUUCAGACACAGCCAUAAAGAUGUUUUGGUUUUCAUAAACAAAUGUCCUCCUCACUUCAUCAUGCAUGCUUUAACUCCUUUGAUUGUUUGUUUGUUUUGUUUAUCAUGUUUACAGGCUGCCCUACCUGCUGCGUCCCCUUACAGGCUGCCCUACCUGCUGCGUCCCCUUACAGGCUGCCCUACCUGCUGUGUCCCUUUAUUUUAACACCAUUGCAAAAAUCAAAAAGGGAUUUUUUUUUCUGCACAGCAAAAGAAAAGCACAGUCUAGUUUUAAAAAAAUCUCCACUACAGGUGCAAAACCCUAUGUGUUGGUUCUUCUGAAUGGCAUUUUAUCGUAAUUAUUUAUGCUUGUUUGAUUUGCUACGUUUACUAGCCAACUUGUUGAUCACUGGAUUUUAUUCGAUUUUUGUGUGACUCACUCACCUAUUUUAUGGGGGGGAAUGAUUGCAUCACAAACAAUUUAAGGAAAUGACAUAAAGAACACUACAUGGCCCACUUCAGGCAGGCAGGAUCUCUGUAUGUUGUAUGCAUCUCCAAAUAACCCAUUACUACAGCUGCUGCAUCUGCAUAUUACACUGCAUUACACCCUACGGUGCAGACAGGCGCCAAGCCCCGCCAUUUACUAUUUUCCCUUAUUGAUCCCACCGUGUGCUUCCUGUUUUUUCCACGCCGUCAGUGUUGCACUGCUCAUAGCACAGCCCUUAUCUUACAGUGAUGCCAUUUGGAGCUGGUGUCUCAUAUUCAACCCCCACACACCCACCCACACACACCAACCGACCCGCCACAAGACAGGUGUAUGGUUUCCUGUUUGUUACCUCAGAGCAUAUUAGUCUUCGUAUCAUCAUACUGUAUAUCUUAUUUCAGUAAUAACAGCAUUGUUUGUGUGAGGGUUGACAUAUGCUCCCCCCUCCUCAACCCUCUCUCCCCUCCUCCACCCUUUUUACCUCUCUCCACCUCUCGCCCCCCUCCACCUCUUUCCCCCCUCACCCCUCCCAUAUUCUUCCUCAAGCUGUGCCAUGUGUUGUUUCUCAUUUACACCAGAAGAUUCCUCAAUGAGAGAUGAUUUCACAGCACACUUCUUGUACUGAACUGGGCCCGUUUUUUCAAAAGCAUUUUAAGGCUAAGUUCCUUAGAAUCCUCUUUAUUUUACUCUUGUUCUAUCUCCCUCUGCAGCUCACAUCGUUGACCUUGUUCUCGCUCUCGCGCGUGCACUCGCCCUGUUUCUCGCUUUCUCUCUCCAUCUCAUGAACAUAAAGUCUAACACAUACAGUGAAUGUAAUAAAUAUCACUAGAUUUUCCCACACUUGUCUUGCUCUUGUGCUCAUCUGCAACCAUCCGAAUAAUGCUUUUUCAACAUUGGAUUGUGCUACCGUUUGAUGCUAUCUAGAUUUUCUUUGGCUGUCAUUCUCUUGGACACGAAAAUUGGCGUUGAGUUGGAACUACCUGGAAUUUCAUUGUUCUUGUCUGAUGAUCUAGAGACUUGUUACAGACCUAUGAGGAAACAAAAAGCAAUUAUUCUAGCUUGUUGUUGUUUAGCUUUUAUCACCUUAUUUAACCCCUCAGUGUACUGUGAUGUUUUGUAUCCUGGUGAUUAGUUACAGACAGAUACUGUAAUGUGCAGUGUCAAUCUGUUCCUUUCUCUUCACACUAACUAAAUGGUGACUGUGUGUCCAUCUGUUAACCGAUAGGACAAAUCAACCAUUUCUGUCCGUAACCAUUACUCAAAUAGAAAAUCUGGUAACAACAUAAAUGAGAAACAUUGUCAGUGUAAUAUGAUUGUUGGCCUGGGGCCUACGCCACACGUAUGACCCCUUAACUCUAAAAGCAUUUUCAACAUGAUCAUUCAUUACUUAUCAUUGAGCUCCUAAAAAACAACGUAUUGUGCUAGUUAGUGUUUGUGUACAGAUGCAUGUACAUUUUUAACAUGCACUGUAAGCUCUCAGUACUGUCGUUGUUUGCCACUUGAAAUAUAUGGUACGUUUAGCAUAGCUAUAUUUUAUCAUGCAAUACAAGUGCUCUGAAAGUGUUACAAUUGUAAUCAAUCAAGAGUGUUGAAAACAUACCUUUAAAGAACUGUCUCGCCUGUAAUGAUAUCAGUUGUGUACAGAGCACAUUAGUCAAUCAGCCACUAAGAUAGCCAACUAACACUUCAAAUAUUUUUAAUCACCAUAUUUAUCACUUUGGGCCUAUAUGUUCACCUGCAAUUGAAUUGAUAUAUUAAUCAUUUUUCAUUGAACUACUUUUGUAUGGUAACCAAAAACACUUUAAUUUUUAAAGCUAUAUCCCUUUUUGUAAUAGCAGCCCAGAUGUUGUGUUGACUCCUGGGUGGGUGAUGGUAGUGGAGGGUUCAGGGUUGUGUUGACUCCUGGGUGGGUGAUGGUAGUGGAGGAUUCAGGGUUGUGUUGACUCCUGGGUGGGUGAUGGUAGUGGAGGGUUCAGGGUUGUGGUUUUAAAAUAAAGGCUGUUUACUUUACGACUGCAUCUCACCUCUA